CCCGCUGAUGUAGGGCCCUCCCCGGCCCGCCUCUUCCUCCUCGGCCGCGGACGGGUCGGGAGGGGCACGAGCCGCAUGGAGGCGGAGCUGCGAGCGUGGGGUGCAAACAGCUACGGGCAGCUUGGCCUUGGUCAUAAAGAGGAUGUGCUGGUACCUCAGUCACUGGAAGAUGUUUCCUGCAAAUGUCAAGACAUCAAGAGCAUCACCGGAGGAGGGGGACAUUCUGCCCUUAUCACUGGUGCUGGAGAGCUCUUUGUAUGUGGCUGUAACAAAGAGGGACAGUUGGGUUUGAAUCACACGGAAGAUGUGCUGCGUUUUACCCUGUGCACUGCCCUGUCUGGCUUCUGUGUGCAAGAAGUGGCCUGUGGUUGGGAUUUUACAAUCAUACUAGGAGGAGCUGGCCUUGUUCUGUCCUGUGGGUCUAACGCUUUUGGGCAACUAGGAGUUCCUCAAAUUUCAGGUCCAUGCUCGAUUCCACAAAAGAUCGAGUCCCUCAAAGAGAAAGUAGUGAGUAUUGCUGCAGGACUGAGACAUGCCCUUGCUGCUACAGAGAGUGGUUUGGUGUUUCAGUGGGGAACUGGCAUGGCAUCUCGGGCAAAGCGUGCGCACCAGGGGAAAACUCUCCCUCUGUUCUGGACUGCAAAGGAACCCUGUGAAAUAAAAGGCCUGGAAGAUGUGAAGAGAGUUGCUGCAGGCUCCUACCAUUGUGUGUCUCUUACAGGUGAAGGACACCUUUAUGUCUGGGGUAGCAACAAACAUGGGCAGCUGGUGAGCGAAGAGGUAUUUCUUGCUGAGCCCAAGAAGAUAGACACUCAGUUUUUCUCACAUGAAAAGAUUGGAGCAGUUUGGAGUGGUUGGACUCACUUGGUGGCACAGACAGAAACUGGGAAGGUAUUCACCUGGGGCAGAGCAGACUACGGACAGCUUGGAAGACAUGCAGUGGUUCCUGAUGGGCAGGAGACGUGCACAGCAUCUGAACAAUCCUUGAAGCUGUUUUGUAACAUUCCUAUUUCCUUGUCUUGCCUGAAUGGAGCAUCUCAGAUCGCAUGUGGCUCUGAGCAUAAUCUGGCAGUAGUAGGUGGCUGUUGCUUCUCUUGGGGGUGGAAUGAACACGGGAUGUGUGGUGAUGGCACAGAAGCAAAUGUUCAUGUACCAAAGCCAGUGAAAGCUCUUGGUUAUGCAAAACAGAUCUUAAUUGGAUGUGGGGCAGGACACUCCUUGGCUCUUUGUCAAAACUCCACGUUAGACUCAGGACACCAGAAAUCAUAGCAACAUGGAUGUGGAUGGACUUCACUGGAUUGCACUGUUAGGAAGUUCUGCCAGAGGAUUGCCUAAGAUUAACACAGCAGCUGGAAAGUGCAGAAGUUUGUUCCCAAACUAAAAGGACUGAGCAUGCUUAGACAAGUAUGGGAAAAAUAAAAAUUGGACAGUUAUUUUAAAAAGUUAUAUCAUGGGUUCUUUGCACUGGAAUCAACUUUCAUACCCACAGGUAGAAUGACAUUUUGCCUUGAUGCAAUAUCACUGAAGAAAGAAUGACUUUUCCCUGUCUUUUUAAGGAGUCUCUGAGGAGGAAACUGCCUGUCUAACCGCUUAUCAUUAGUGUAAAAAUUCAGCCUGAGGAAACAAUAUGAGAAGGUGGAAACGUGGGGCCGGCUCUGGUCUUUUAUUAUUGUAUCCAUAUGUCACUAUGAGCAUGUUUUGUACCUGCCUGCUUGUGAGCUCCCAGCAUCUUGAAAAAUCCAGUUGAAAAGAGAAAUGCCAGAUAACAUAGAGACACGUGCACGUUUUAAACAGAGGAACAGGAUUUUAAAAAAAGUAACUUAGAAGACUGGCAGAAAGAGAAAAUGAGGCCCUUCUGAAAUAAACUACAUGUUGAUUAAACUGAGAAGAAUAGCGUUUCUGAGGAAUUAUCUUCUGUGCCAGACAUCCAUUCAAAAUAUAUUCACAGGGCUGCAGAUCCACAUGAAUUAUUAUUAACUUGAAAACCAAGCCUAAAGUUUUUGAUAGGAAAGAAAAUCUUCAGAGAGCCCUUGGAAGCAAGAGAAGUGGUCUUGUCAAAGAGUGUAAGUCAGUUGUAGCUGUUGAGGACAGUUUGAUCCAACAUAGCUCAUGUAUUUGUAGCUGCAGCUGAAUAGGAAGACUUCCAAAUAAACAGAAACUUUUUACAAGUUCUCGAGCUUAAAAGGCAGACCAGAAUGUUCCCAGUAGUGUCAGCUCUCACAUCAUCUUGGCAGCCCACCUGAAGUACUGAUCAGAGCAUGCCCACAGUAAUAGCUCCAGGUGAGUGCUGGGUAGAGAAACAUAUGCCUUACACUGAUUAUGGUGGGAGAAAAGUGUAAGUUGUCUUUGGAUACUAUUAACUUCCUAUGGUAAGCAGAAUUUUGGAAGCUAUUUAUAGAACUCUUUCACACAAAUACAGUGGAUGCCAUUAAGCGAGAUGUUUAACCACCCACAGUAGUUAAAUUUGCUGUGGUAUUUGAUGUAUUUCAAGCUGUAAAUAUAGGGAGUACUACUGUGUGGUAAACACACCUUUUAAUGAGAACUACUGUUACUGAACAGUGGUAUAAUUUUUAAAUGAGGGCUUACCAGGGAGGAAGUUGUACAGUACUGCAAAAUACUAAGAGAAGGGCUGUUAGGAAAUAGGAUGGCUAAACUCUAAUGACUGUCAGCUAAUUCAUGGGGGGAGGGAGAUAAGGUGGUGGUAUAUGGGCUGUGAGUCUUUUUCUCCUGGCUCUUUCAGUGGUUACAGUUCGUGGCCUCAUUUUCAUAUGUUUUCUCUUUCUAUUCUAUGGAGAAGUAAUUUGUACCAUGGAGCUUAUUAUAACUGCAUUGCAGAUACUAAAAGAAACUGUGCAAAAUUGAAUCUUCCAUCAUUUUCUCUUUUCUGUCGGUUGUGGUUCUUCACAGUAAUACCCUGUUCUGGACUGCUACUUCUGACACUUUUUACUUCUCUGACCGAACUGCUAUUUAUUGACUCCUCAGUACUAUUUUCUACCUAAAACAGCCUCUCUGAGACAUGCACUGAACAGUUGCUCAUGUUUUUUGGGCAGUUUUAUCUGGAGUUCCUUCUUUUGUUUUCCUCAGAUCUGUGUACUGAACAAACACUAUCUUGUUUCAGUGGGAAGUACGCUCAGAAUAAUUUUGUUAAUGACAGCUAGUAUGUGACCCAUAGGCCCUAGGUUUUGCUGUAUUCGGCAUGUUUUGGUUGAGUAAGCUGUUGGUGCAGUCCCUUUCAGAGGAAUCUAACAAAUGAUGUAACAAAUAAAUGGGACUUGGUUAUUUGAA